UAUCUGAAACGAACGUUCUUAACGGAAAGUUUAACUUUUUAUCCAAAAUUCUCUAGUAUCCAUAGGAUACGAUUUAUUUUUGCGGGCAAAUAAUAUCUAUCGUGAGUAAAAACAAUCCAAGUGGCCGCGAAUUUCGACAGUCUGUGUUGUGAUUACGAAUUGAUAACAUGUGCUUUUGAGAAUAAUAACGGUAUCUAUAGUUAUAGAAAGUUAUAUUGUUCUCUUGGUGAUAAAAUUAUAAAAUAAUAACAGUGAUUUAGUAAGUUAUUAUACCUAAGCCGGUCUUAAUUAAAUCGUUUAAGAAAUUUAUCAGAAAAAUAUUAAGUGGAAAAGUUUCAAGUGUUCGGAUUAUUAUUGUUCAACAUUGAAGAGCUUCAGUUGAUAACCUGCAACAUUUUUCCCGGAACAAUACAAAACUUAUCUGAUCCAUACAAAAUGCUAUAAUAUUCUCUGGAACGUCAAAACAUUCACAAAAUUUAUCUAACAACAACAACUCAUAUGAUAACAACACCAACAUCUAUGUCCAUCUGCAAUGAUAACGAGAAAGUUGCACAAACUCCUAGCUCAGAUGAGGAUAAUUCACCAACAGAGUUGAACAACUGUAAGCGACUGGGGGAGAAACCACCACUGGUCAAACGCCUAACAAUGGGCUUACUGCGUUCCCAUGAAGAAAACCGUCCACUUGUCAACAAUAGUUCAACAUCAACUCUCAAAACCAAAACGAGUACCCAAAUGCUUUCGAAUGGUUACAUCAAUGACGAAGCAUUUGAGCCAGAAAAAUUUAUUUCGAGUAAAUUUGGUGAUUCAUGUCGACAGUCGUUGACAGCGAUACCAAUGAUGGAUGCAUUGAAUUUGAAUGAUAACAGCGAGUUCACACUGAAGAAGAGAUAUCUUCGUGAAACAAGCAGUGCAAAUUCAAGUCCGAAAAUAUUCCCUCAACGAAUGAGAUUGAAUUCCUAUCAUCAUCAAAGUAAUCAUCAAUCCGAAGUGACAGCUGAAGAACUCGAGUUAAAAGAUGCUCCAUGGUUUCAAGCUGGUAUAUCGCGAGAUAUUGCUUUGGAGAUCCUAUCGAGUGAGAAUCCUGGUGCCUUCCUAGUUCGAAAAAGUAGUUCAAAACCUGGAUGUUAUGCAUUAACGUUACGUGUUCCAUCACCGCCUGGACCUAAAACUGCCAACUAUAUAAUUCUUAGAUCGGCAAGGGGAUACAAAAUUAAAGGUUUUCGAAAAGAAUUUACCUCCUUGCGAGCAUUAAUCACACAUCACUCUGUCAUGCCGGAACUGCUACCGGUUCCACUUGCUAUGCCAAGACCUACAAACAUGACAUCUUCUCGACGAAAUCUUGAUGACUUUGACACAUAUGAUUCCUUACAAAUGCUCCUGAAGUACCUUCGUGCGAAAAAUAUGGAGAACGAAUGAAGGCAACUUAUGGUUAAGUGCACCCGGUCCAAUCGAAAAGAUGCACUUAAACACUCACAUUUAACAGGAUCAUAGUUUUAGAAAAAAAAAAAAAAAUGCCAUCGUCAUUUUGAUCCUUGCCGCCGCAUAAAA